AACGACAUCAAUCAAUUAGCUAAGUCAGGCCUGCGUUUCAUAAUCGCUACUAAUUUACAUAAAAGUCAAAUAUGGCUAGAAACCAAAGCACGAUUUAAGAAAGUGAAAUUGCACUAGUUUAAAGAAAUUUCAAAUGCAUGCUUUGAGCAUUAAAAAGUUCGAGUUCGUCAUAUCACCGGCUUGGGUGCCGGCUUCUCUACGCAUGUGUGAAAAUCUGCGCGCAAAGCCACAACAGAGUUUUUAAUUAUCACCCUGAACUUGGAUCCGAUCGGUAUAUAAGCCCUGUCCGCAGCUCCAAGCUGCAUCAUUCAGUUCUGCAGUGACUAACCAAAGCUAAAGGGAUACCAGCUUUUAAUCUUCAACUUUUGAGAUACCUUCGAAAAUAAUCAUCUAUAACCAUGCAUAAGAAUACUAUUUGGUAUGGAGCCGUGCUCCUGGUCCUCUACUACACCCUGGUCUUUUGCGAGGAGACGGAAAACGUCGAGCCUUCUGCCCAAGUGGAUAACCAAGCGGAGGAUACCUGGGAGAAUCUAGGCCGGGAGCUGGUGGAGUUCGAGGGACGAACUCGUCGUCAUCGUCAUCAUAUGUUCUGGUACCGCCACUUGUGGCCCAUUGCGAUCGCCUACUGGAUCAAGGUGAAAGUGGUGAUUGUAUCCUUCUUUGUGGGCAGUGCCAUCUACCUGGGUCUCCGCUACUUCUGGCCCCAUUCCAGGUGCAAUCAGGAGAUUAUCCUGGAUCAUCCACCCUCAUCCUUCAGCCACCACGAUCACAUUCCCUACUCUCUGGAUCAUGAUCACUCCGAGCACUAUGAGGGCCCCACAUCCUAUGAUUCCAGCCCCAGCUUCGAGCCCUACUCCGGCUACAGCAGCUAUGCAGGAUCCGAUAUUGUCUCCUCGGAUGUCCACAGUGAUUAUCACAGCGAGGGUCCCACCGGACCCACUGGUCCCACGGAUGUGCGUCGUCGUGGCAGGCGCAGCACUGAAGAUCAGCCUGAUCUGAUGCAGGAGGAUGAGGAACAGGCAGAGGAGGAUGGACAGGUUGAGAUUGUGGACGAGGAAAUCACAGAGAGCGUGGCCCGCCAAAUGCCAGCUGAAGAGCAGAUCGCCGACUUCAUGUUCGCCUUUCUGGGCCUGGACUCCAAGGCCUGCCGUCGCCGCUUCGUCUGCGAAAUGGAGUUCCGCUCCAAGCUGAAUCCCAUGACCAGCAUGGCCUUCCGCAUCGUAGGCCGUGGCUUCUUUGAGAAGUACACCAAUGCCCGGAAUCCUGUGGCCAGAGCCACCAACUUUGGGGAGUGCGCUGCCGUCAACCCAGAGUGCAUCUUUGUCGAAAACGAAGAGAGUCCAGAGGCGGAAUCCCAUCAAGCGGAGGUGGAGGAGGCAGAGGCAGCCACCGAAGAAGUGGCGGCGGAGGACUCCCAGAACGAGAUUAACCUGCAGGCGGAGAGGAGAAACGCCCAGCUGCGGAAGCGCCGGGGCGAUCGCAGACUCAGCUCCGUUGCCGAGCACAUCCUGAUGCAGUAGAUCCACCAAAUCGAAGUAAUCUAUGU